CAGGCGGCGAGUGUUAUAUUGCUUGUUCGCCUAGAAUCGGAAUCAGCACCCCUUCGGAGUUCCUCGUCUAAAACCCUAAAUCCCUUGCAAAACCCUGACAUAAUCCUCCCUUUCUCGGCGCAAUGCGCCGUUGCUGAUGGCGUGGUAGCGAGACCCGGCACUCUCUUCUUCAAGUUAGAGACUGCUGGUCAGUAGUCCCUACAUUGAUAAAAUGAUGGAUCGCAAGGUGGAUAGAAGGUUUGGAAGUGGUCCUAAGGAGCUUUGUGGUGCUGUUGAUCUUAUAAGCAGGUUCAGGCUUCAACCUUACCAUGAAUUCUUUUGCAAGAAACCACUUCCUAUAUCAGUUUCAGAUACAAAUUAUCUCAAAAGUGUGGUGGGAGAUAGAGAAAUUAGGAAAGCAGAAAGGCUAAACUCGGAUCAGCUAUCUCUAACCCCGCCUCAUGUAAAGAAAGGAGGCUCACAAAUCCAUGCUUUUGACAUGAAAGUUCUCUGGGAAGCUUUUGAGAUUAGACAAGCACCAUCUUUAUGCCUAUUCCCUGGAGUGGAGAGGGCCAACACUGCAGUUGCUAAGUAUGGACACAAGGGCAAGAGGAAGCACAAAAGCCACAAGACGAAGAGAAAAGACAACAAGAGAAGCAAACAUCAUCACCAUCAUGAUAAAAAGGAUGGGAUCAAGAAGUAAAUGGGCUGGAUAGGUCUCUAUCUACACUUAGAAGGAACGACCUGACAAGCUUUACCAUCCCGUGAGAAUUGGUGGCUCAGAGCUUGCUUUCCUAUAAAUGAAGAGAGGGAAGGAAGAAGGCAACCUGAUUGUCUCAACGGAGUUCUCUCAUUCUCUUUUUCUUGGUUUAAAUAGAUUAUUCAGAUCCGAUGAUAUACCCUGUGGUCCAGGAUUCCACUUCUUUCUCACCUUGUGCCUUUUCUGCUUGGCUUUUGUUCCUGUUUCGAAGGACAUGAGUCGAAAUAUGUUGUAAUAUGGCAUAAUUUUUUCGACGGAGAAUGGUAAUUUCUGUUAACUUCA